AUGGCAUCCCAGAGUGCACCUCGGCCAGACACGCAACGCAGUUCACAACUCUCAGAAACGAGCACGUUACAUCGAAAAGGAAGCGAGGAUCUUGAAAAGGACGCAGAGAAGGAUGGCGAAGUAACAGAUGAGAAUGAAGACGCCGAUGUAGAAAGACAGCAACCGAGUCAAGCUGCUGGCAAGGAGGAUGAGAAUGACCAAGACCCCAACGUCGUUGGCUGGGAUGGACCCGAUGAUAAACUGAAUCCCAUGAACUGGAACCCGAAACGAAAAUGGGCUAUUGCUGUCUGCAUGGGCAUGAUGACCCUUGUCGUUACCUUCGCCUCGUCAGUACUCAGCUCCGCCGUCCAACCGCUCUCCAAGGAGUUCCACGUUGGAACAGAAGUCGUCACGCUCAGCACCGCCCUCUUCGUUCUGGGCUUCGCUUUUGGACCUAUCGUGUGGGGACCCUUUAGUGAGCUCUUCGGCCGCAAGACACCGCUCUUCGUAGGCUACAUUAUCUUCGCGAUCUUCCAGAUUCCGGUGGCUGUGGCCCAGAACCUGCAGACGAUCAUGAUCUGUCGAUUCUUUGGAGGUUUCUUUGCUAGCGCUCCGUUGGCGAUCGUGGGUGGUGCGCUGGCGGAUUUCUUCGAUCCUAUCAAUCGGGGCGUUGCUAUGAGCAUUUUCGGUGCAAGCACGUUCUGUGGACCUGCGCUUGGUCCCAUCACCGGCGGCUUUAUCACCAUGAGCCAUCUCGGCUGGCGAUGGACGCAAUGGAUCACCUUGAUUAUGGCAGCCUUGUUCGGUAGUAUUGGUUUCAUCGUCAUUCCAGAGACGUUCGCUCCUGUCCUUCUCCAACGCAAGGCCAAGAAGCUGCGCUAUCAAACACGUAACUGGGCGCUUCAUGCCCCAGCCGACGAGAAGGAAGUCAACUUGCACGAGAUCGCUGAGAAGUACUUGCUCCGACCUUUCAAGAUGCUACUCCUCGAGCCAAUCCUCGUCCUCGUCACGAUUUACAUCGCUUUAAUCUACGGCCUCAUCUACGGCUUCUUCGAAGCUUUCCCUGUCUCCUUCCAAAUGGAACGCGGCUGGAACCUCGGCGUCGGCGCUCUCCCCUUCCUCAGCGUCCUCAUCGGCGUAAUCAUCGGCUGCCUCCUCAUCGCCCUCAUCUCCAAAACCCGCCUCAAACGCGUCAUGGAACAGGAAAGCCACAUUGUUCCCGAAGAGCGCCUCAUCCCCAUGAUCAUCGGUGGAGGCAUCCUACCCAUAGGGCUGUUCUGGUUCGGCUGGACGAGCUUCCCGAGCAUCACCCCCUGGCCACAAAUCAUUGCCGCUGCCCCUAUUGGCAUGGGCCUCAUGAUGGUUUUCCUGCAAGGGCUAAAUUAUCUGAUAGAUGUGUACAAGAUGAACGCCAACAGCGCCAUCGCGGCGAAUACGUUGUUCAGAUCGUGGGUUGGGGCCGGCUUCCCCCUUUUCGCCACGCAGAUGUUCAAGAAUUUGGGAGUGCCUUGGGCGAUGAGCUUGCUUGGGUUUCUAUGUCUAGCACUAUUUCCAGUGCCGAUUGUGUACUUCAUCUAUGGAGCGAGGAUCCGGAAGCUGAGCAAAUUUUCACCUGAAUAG